AUGGGUAUGUGUGAAAAACCAGAACUUUCAGAUUACUUCGAGAAGUACUGGCUUACAUCUACCCCUGGAUUUGGAACCAUUUUCUCUCGUAAUCGGUAUCAGCUGCUGAGGAGCUUUUUGCACAUGAACAACAAUGAAAAUGGGGUGGCAAGGGGACAACCAGGAUAUUCCCCCACGUUCAAAGUGCAGCCAAUUAUUGAUAUGGUUCAAGAUCAGUAUGUCAAACUCUAUCAGGCUCACCGUGAGAUAUCUGUGGAUGAGGCUAUGCUUGGCUUCAAGGGCAAACUGGGUAUAAAACAGUACAUGCAGGAUAAGCCCACUAAGUGGGGUAUUAAACUGUGGUGCCUUUGUGAUAGUCACACUGGUUUUAUGAUGAGAUGGAAUGUCUGCGCUGGGGCUGGGGAUGGAACUGUUUCUGAGACUGUGAGAAGGUUGUUGACCCCAGACUACCUAGACCGUGGUUAUUAUUUGUUUUGUGAUAACUUGUACUCUUCUACAACUUUGUUCUUUGAACUAAAGGGCAGAAGGACAGGUACUUGUGGCACACUUCGGAGUAACAGGGUGGGCAAUCCUGUUGCUAUCCAACCUGCAGCACGGGGCAGACGCGCUGAUGCCGCCGCUCGGUAUCCUCGUGUCGCACUGAAGAAAGGAGAGGACCCUAUCUUCUUUACCAAGGAGGGUAUGCUGUGUGUCUAUUGGCAGGACAAUGGAACUGUUAGAAUGCUAUCCACAAUACAUGGCAGUCGAAUUCUUGAGAAAGAAGUCCGCGAGCGUAGGGCGGCUCCUGAUGAGGCACGCGUGGUUCAUAAGCCAGAGGCUGUGUGCGAAUAUAACCGAUAUAUGGGUGGUGUCGACAAGGCAGACCAGCUAAGGUCUUACCAUUCUUAUGAACGCAAAUGUAGGAAGUGGUAUCAAGUGAUUUGGCACUUUUCAAUUGAACUUGCACUGAUAAAUGGAUCGAUUUGUUAUAACUUGGCCAAUCCAAACGAAAAAAUGCAGUCGCAAAAAUUUCACCAUUUUGUGAUUGACAGUCUGACAGAAAAUCUGAAAAACCCUGACAAUUUGGAGAGGAGGCGGAACCGUACCUCUGGUAAACACCCAUUGGCUAGGCUGACUGGUCGACACUUCCUCGCUGAAAACGAGGACAAAAAGUACAGGCCUGAUUGUACAGUCUGCAGUGAUCGGAAACGUGCGCGUGUGCAGACCACUUUCUAUUGUAAGCAAUGUAAUGUACCGUUGUGCAAACCACCCAAGGAUUGUUUUGAGACUUAUCACACACAGCUGAACUACAGGCAUUGA